AUGUCAUUUCAAGAUGCCAAAGAACGGCGCCCAGUUCGCGUGAUGCUCCCCUUUGAGUUGACUCACCAUAUCAUCGCAUUCCUCAACGAUCGCAGCGACAGACGCAACUACCAAAAAGUUGGUUUUCCUGCUUUGAAAGCCUGUUCCCUUGUCUGUCGGGCUUGGAACGAUAUUUGCCGACAUUGCAUAUUCCACACAGUUACCGCAGACAUCUGCAUAAGCCAAGAACGCGAUUCUCCGCUCUCUUUCCUACACUUCACGGCCCCCCAUCUCUACAGAUAUGUGACCGAUCUCAUUCUCUUCUGGGAUCGCGAUGUAUACGGCGCACCGGAAUGGAUUCCGAACACUCUCCCCCGAUUUGUUAAUCUGCGCUCGCUGUACCUUGAGAGUCGGAUGACGUCUGGUGCGCCAGCUCUCCCGCGACCAUUCGCGCUCGGGGUUAUGGCUUUGCUGGACAAAGCACCCCUUAAAUGCCUUUCCCUCACAUACUGGGAUUUCUUAGCGGACGCGUCGGAUCUCCUUCUCCUACUUUCUGUCUGUUCGACCACACUCGAGGAAUUGUCCCUUGAAACUUGCAGCGUCUCCGACAGAGGAACGAUGCCAAAUAUGAUAGUCUCGGAAUCAAGAGUUCCUCCGAUAGUCUGCUUGCAGGCUUUGCGAAAAAUCAAGCUGCAAGGAGACUCCAGGGCAUUCCAGACGAGCCGUAUCGAAAGCCCAAAUCUUCGCUCGUUGGUUUAUGAACAAAUUCAAAAUUCCUUUUGCACCAUUCCGAACUGGAUAUCCGACAAACUGUCGGAGGUCAGCCUGAAAGCCUUUGAAGUAUCUGACAUUCCUGACCUCGGCCAGUCUAUCUGUCCCUCCUCUAUGACGGUUGAUAUCUCUAAAUCACACGACGAUUCAUUCUUCACGAUUCUCUCGUGGGUCAAGGGCUGUCUUCAGAGUCUUCCGUUCCCCCAUGUCCUUCGUCAGCUGAACAUCAAAAUCAAGAGUAACCGGCUUAGAGAGUCGGAGGAGUGUUGUUACCCUACUCGUGCGGACUACGAACUACUAUACAGCACUCUGGAGCCCCUUCGCCAGCAUGGGGCCUUGCACACUAAUCUCAGUAUCAGUAUCCUCUCGCUCAACCACCGUGCUGCAAUACCUGCUGACAAUACCAUGAAUGAGGAGGUGGCGAAGCUGAAAGAGGUGUUCACCCCACUGUUAGAAGCAAAUCAAUUAGCUAUUGAGAUCGUUCUUGAGCGGUGGGGGGGAGUAGCGGAGCCAUUGCACAUCAUCUGCUUUGCUUCCUUGCCCUCGCCAUUCUCUGCGCUGCAAACGCUUGGGAUCACCUCCCUGCUUGCUGCUGGCCGUAUCCAAUCCUUUGAGAUGGAAUCCUAUGACCUCAUUGAAGACGAUUUCCUAUUUUUUCGCUGUGCUCAGCUACCCUUGAAGAGGUUAAGCUUCGUGUCUGCGUCGACCGACCCAUGCGACAUUCCCACAUGGGAAACCUGA